AAAAGUACUUAAGUAUACUUAAAAAAAUUCAAAUUUUAGCUAUUCUCCUUAAUUUCUCCUUAUUUCUUAUUUUUCUGAUCUUAACUUUUUUGGAAAUGUGUUCAUGGAUUGUUCAUCACCAGUAAAAUAAGACAUAUUUCUCUGUUACCUGAAAUCCUAUAUUUUCUAUCUUUCAGGGCAUAAUUCAUAUGUAUAUUGUAUAAUAUGUAUAAUUUUCUUAUCAUAGAACAUAGUAUGCAACGUUAAAGAUAGAGAACUAAAAUUGGUUUUCUCCUUAAUUAUCCUUAUUUUCUUACUUUUUUAUUCUCUUUUGCAGCAAAAUAUCCUUAAAAAAUGUGAGAUUUUCCCCUUAAUUCUCCUUAAUAUCCUUACUUUUGUUCUAAUUUUAUUAGUGGUCAGCCUGAAUGAAGAUUAGAGAUUUUUUGGGUAGCUUAAGAUCCAAGAGGAACUGCAAUUACAUUUUAACUAUAUUUUUCUAUAUAUUUGAGCAAUUAGACAUCCAAAUAAAACGUUAAAUCAAUUAGACAUCUUAGAAGGCUCAACAGUGUUAUACAUUAUAAAUGAUGAACCAAUUGGAUUAAGUCCAAUCAAACAGGCAUGUCAAUGUAUUGUUGGUGUAUCAUAAAAAAUAAAUAAAUAAAUUUGGGAAGGGUUGGUGGAAAAAUUGUUGCUUUGAGUAGGCAAAUACUUGUAGGAAUGUGUAAGACUGUCAAAACUGCAAAUCUGUACUUCAGGGGUUAAUCCAGGAAAUUACUUUGGGUGUUGGUAAUCCCCUAAAAUGUCUGUCAACCGUUUUAGAAAACGAAAAACUUGAUUUAUUUGUAUCAAACAGUUAAUAUUUUGAAGUGAACCUGCAAAAUCUAGAACCAGUACCACCACAUUUUUUCCCUAUCCAUUAUAUAUAUAAUCAUGUAAUCAUGGUACCCAUUUAUUUUAAACUAUGGCCCAACAAUCUUUUAAGAAAUGACACUUUUUCUACUAUUGUUAUGGCUGGUAGUAUUUGGGUAGGAUAACUGACCAAAAUUAAUUUAGACCUAAGUUUUGUGUGAUUAGUGACACUUUCCUACCUGGUUAGGCUUUGGUAAAUAAGACUGUUGUUUGUACCUAUAUUGUUACACAUAUGUCAUGUUGGGCUUGAUUUUAACAAACAUCAUUAUUUGGGAACUGCAAUUAUCAUGAGCUCCAUGCACUCUACGUGUAAAAAUACAUGAUUUUGGAUUGAUUCAAAAGAGUUUUUUCAAUGACUAUUACACAUCAGGAGAAAUUAAAGAGCAAGAAAAAACAAUGAGAAUUGACUUGUGACUAGCCUUAUAUUUUGUGGGGCCUGACGUGAAAUUUCAAAAUUGUGAAAGUUUCUAAAUAUUUUGAUGUGAGUGUGAAUGUGAUUGUGACACACAGACACAGAUAUAUCUUGUUUAUCAAUUUAGUCCAGUACAAAAACAUUGAUCUUAACAGUCUUGGCAGUGUGGCGUGUAAACAAUAUGAUGUUUUUACACAAUUCCUUACCAUAGAUGAUAGCUAUUGUGACUUAAAUCAUUAUGAAUGCCUCAAAUCAUUUACUCAAAAGGCUGUAUUGAUUUUUCUCAGCCAACCAGUGCUUUACUUUUUGUAAUUUGACACAGUGACUUGAUUUGGUUUUCUCAAAUGAUAACAUUUUUUUUUCUCUUAUAUUUUUACUACAGAUUGCAUGUAAAAGAAAUCUUUAAAAAAUUAUUAAUACUAUAAAAAACUCUGCAGUUAGCAACAUUAGAAAUACUUAAAUACAUUGUUAUAUACCUCGUACUAUAUACUGUUUAUCAUUCAUUAUAAUUAUGUCUUAAUUUCUGUAAUUUUUUAUUAAUGAUGUUGUAACGCACUUUUUUGUAACACAAAAUUUACCUCAUAUUAUCACAGAUAGAGAUUUUAAUGGAGAAAACGCCUGAAAGAAAAAAAAGAACUGGUUUAAAAGAUCGAACUCCUACAGGUGCAUGGCGAGAGAGAUUUCGACAGGGUUGCUUGAAUCGUUUGAAAAGCAAACGGCAUGAACUUGUUAGCAACAUCCGUCAAGCUUCAGAAAAAGUUUACUCUCCUCAUUCUUCACAAGAAUUUGUAAGCAAUUUGAUGACUGAUGAAUGGAAGAAAAUGAAACUUGAAAGUCCCUUGUUAUCGAGUUUACCACAUUGCAGAAGGGGAGCGAAGGAAAAUUUUGAAUUUGAUGAUCUUGAUAGUUUUGAACUUGAUGAAAUUCUUGGUGUCUUUGAAAGUGUACAGCAGGAGCUUUUGAAAGAAGAACAGCGUUUGUUGGUCGAAUAUGAAGAUUUGGUCGCAUUUGAUGAACAAUGUCUCUGUGCUGCAAUUGAUUUAUUAUCUACAGAUGCUAUUACAUGUCCUGUUUGUAAGAGAAAUAAUCUUCUUCAGAAUGAAAGUGUGAUAUUUUGUAUGUGUGGAUUACGCAUUGACACUCAACAUGAUGCUAUUGAUCUAAAGUAUGUGCAGUCUCAAUUAUCAGAUGCAAUCCUUGCACACAGUUCCACAUGUUCUCAGGAACCAGAAUUUGUUGUUGUUGAUUACACUGGUUUGGAUGACAUGAAAAACUUGAUGCUAACUUGUCGAGUAUGCGAUUGUAUGUCUAUCAUCAUUUAACUGAAACUGUUAUUUUGUUGUUAUUGUUAUUGUCGUUGUAUAUAUUUGGUUUGAAUACGUGUAACAAAGAUAUGUACAGUAUUUAUUUUAAAAUAAAAAUUUCACUUUUUUAAA